AACUGAGACCGUAGCAGCCGUCAAAUGGUUUUGACUUGGCAAUCGGAAAGCCCAGAGCCUCUCCUAAUACCGGAUUAAAAAAUAGUGUAAAAUAAUUUAUUUUUUUUUCUUCAUUAGAGAAAAAACCAAAUUUCUAUAUUACGCUAAAAACUGGAAAAAUGGACUUCAGUGCGGUAUUGGAGAAAUGCGGCAGUUAUGGACGCUAUCAAUUUAUGUUGUUGUUGUUAUUUGGAUGCACAAAUAUACUCUCAUCAAUGCAUUAUUUUGCACAGACGAUUAUUAGUUUUACGCCAGAGCAUUGGUGUUACCACGAAAAGUUGGGCAAUGCCAGCAUAUCUUACAUACGCAGCAUUUAUGAGCAGACGGCAAAUCCUCACUGUACCCUGCUCGAUGAUAUCAUCGACGACCGACCAGUGGUUGCAGGGGUAGGCAAGUGCAGAGAAUGGAUAAACGCAUUUGAUCGCGAUUACCGCAGCAUAACAACAGAUCUCAAAUGGGUGUGUGACGAUGCGUACAAAGUUGCUGUGGGGCAAUCUUUUUUCUUUGUGGGCUCUAUCGUUGGUACAAUAUUCUUCGGUUUUCUGGCUGACAAAAUCGGACGCCUCCCAGCGCUGAUUUGUACCACACUCGCUGGUGCUUCAGGAGAUUUUUUAACUUCCUUCGUUAGUUCACUGCCGACAUUUGCGUUAUACAGAUUUGUGUCGGGCCUAUCAAAUGACACCAUAUUCUAUCUCAUGUACAUAAUGGUUUUCGAGUACUUGAGCCCAAAAAAACGCACAUUCGGUCUUAAUAUCAUAACAGCUAUUUUCUAUUGCUUUGGAUUGUUUAUGUCACCCUGGUACGCCAUUUGGGUGGGUACAUGGCGUUAUUACCUCUAUGUGGCCUCUUUGCCGGCGUUGGUCGUACUCGUCUACCCGAUCUUCAUCUGUGAGAGCGCGCAAUGGUUAAUAGCGACAGAACGUUACGAUCGUGCCAUUAAUUGCUUGAAGCGAGUCGCUAAAUACAACGGGCGCGUGGUUGAAGAGGAGAUAUUCGUGCAAUUCAGAAGAUACUAUGAAACAAAAAUGGCCGAGGAGAUUAAGAUGAAUACCAAUAAAGACACUUUCUGGGGCAUGUUCCGCACGCCGAGACUGCGCAAGUUCACCACCAUACUGCUGAUAAAAUCCGUUAUCAUUACAAUGGCUUUCGACGUGCUCAGCCGCAAUAUGGAAGGUUUAGGCUCUUCUCCCUUCAUGCUGUUCUCGUUCACCUCGAUUACCUAUAUCCCAGGCGGUUUAACAAUUAUUUUGCUACAAAACCGUAUCGGCCGCAAAGGCAUGGCUUUCGGUUCGCUCUUCGUUGGUGCAAUCGUUGUAACGAUCACUGGCUUCUUGAUUGCAUUUCUUGAUCCUGAACAGAACGCUGUGCUGCUGGCAGUUAUGGUUGCUCUGGGUCGUUAUGGUGCGAUUGUAAGUUAUGAUGCAGAGGCGCAAUAUGCUGCUGAAUUCAUACCAACAACUGUACGUGGACGGGGCAUGGCAAAUAUUCAUGUGAUCGGUUAUGGUUUUGCAUCGCUCAGUUCGUAUGUCAUUUUCUUGGGCCACUACUUCAAACCACUACCUUCGAUUGUUAUCGCUGUUGCAAUGAUGUUCGGCGCUCUACUCUGUUUGGCAUUGCCAGAGACAUUAAAUCUAAAACUACCUGAAACACUAAAAGACGGCGAGAAAUUCGCAAGACAUCAGCGCUGGUACUACUUCCCAUGUUUAAGUCACGAAAGAAAGGGCGAAACUAAACAAAAACAAAAAAACGAAAAUGCGAAUAGCAUUAGCUGAAUAAAUUAGGGGAAAAUUAAAUGAAUUAUUUUUUGUUACAUUAAUAAUUCUAAUUUCAAAUA